AUGGAGGAGAUCCGGGAGCUGCUCUAUGAACUCAUCAAAACAAACUUCUCGUCCGGUGUGAUGGUGGAACAUUUAGCGAAAAUUUACAAAGAAAGCUAUGAGACACGCGGCCUGGGGCCACCUCUUCCGAGCAAUUGGCUGGACCAUGUGAGAGUUGCUGAGGAAUUUGAAGUGGUGAUUCGUGGCCCGAUUGUGAUGAUGAAAUCGGUGCUCUCGUUUGAGCCGAUUGUUUGUCCAUCAACAGUUAGCGUUGUUGUGAUGAAAUGUGAUGAGAACUCGUCCGAUAUCUUUAUACAGCUGGCUGGCACGCGAAACAACUUCGAGCUGCUACGAUCCGCAAUGGAUUCUCACUACGAGGAGCAGUCUCUCGGGGAACCAGUAGCUGAACCUGAAAUUGGUGGUGUGUAUGCCGUGAGAGACGCAGACGGGCACUGGUACAGAGCACUGCUUAAAGUUGCAGAAAGUUUCAUACUACUGGAUAACGGUCGAGUGGUGCCGGUGAAGGAUGCAACAGUGCGACGUCUGCGAGCCGAAUACGCACUUCCACGGAUCUAUCCCAUCUAUGCCUUCAUUCUACGAUUUAUAUCGGAAUAUAUUGAAAAUGGCUUAACAAAGUAUAUUGUUCAAAGUUCUAGUAUUUGGAUUAAAGAUCGAAAGGAGCAAGAGCAGAAUGUAAUCAAAGUGAUGCCGGUGUCACCGCAAUAUUCGGUGCCACCAGCUGGAGGAGUGGAAUUGGUUGCUAUGGAGCUCAGUGAUAUGCCGAAAAAGCGUUUUGCUGCGCAUAUUCUGGCCGUCUUUGACGCCGAUAACAUCAGCUUACGGCAGCGAUCGCUGGAUCCAAUACCUGACUAUAUAGUGGGUGCGGUAAAACGAGAUUCGCUAACUCAGUCCUCGCCACCACCAUUCAGUGAAUUGGUACCCGGACGUUUCUAUGCAGCAAAAUUGCAUCCCGAUUCGAACUGGGAACGCGUGCAGCUGCUUGGCCCGAGCACCGUUGAUGCCGAUUGCUUUCGUGUUUAUGCGGUGGAUAUUGGCCUAUACGGUAUCGCGAGGAAGCCAAAUAUUCGUCAUCUUAAAAUUCCAAACGGACUGCGAAAGAUUUUAAUGGCAAAGUGCAAA